GGGGGGAGGGGGUGAGGUGGAGGCGGAGCAGUCGCACACUGCUCUUGAGGCUGCAAGAGUGGGAAGGGGGGGAGCAGCAUGGGCAACGCAUCGUCGUCUGGGGCGGCGAAUGAGGACAUGGUGUUCUCUGCCGAGUUCUCGGACAAGGGCCUGGGCAUGGACAAGUUCGACUUUCUGCGGCCGAUUGCUCACGGCGGCUUUGGCGAGGUCUUCCUCACCCGAGACCGGUCGACGGGCAAGGUGUACGCCAUCAAGGUCAUGGACAAGGCGCAUGUGGUCAAGCACGGCAUGGUGGACCAAGCCAUGGCUGAGAAGGCCAUUCAGCUACAGAUUGGCGAGUCGCCGUUCAUCGUCAACCUGCGAGCCGCGUUCCAGACUGCCGACAAGCUGUGCAUCGUCAUGGACUAUGUGUCGGGCGGCGAUCUGUUCGAGCUGCUCAAGACGACGGGCCAGUUUGAUGAAGCGCGGGCGAGGCUGUAUGCGGCCGAGGUCUGCUGCGCGCUCGAGUACUUGCACUCGCGCAAGAUCCUGUACCGCGAUCUAAAGCUAGAGAACGUGCUGCUGGACGACUCGGGUCACAUCCUGCUGUGCGACUUUGGACUCGCCAAGGAGCUGCGGCAGGACGCGGGAGCAGGGGUGUCUGCGGCGUCUGUGCUGGAGACUGUGUUUUGCGGGACGAAGGAGUACAUGGCGCCGGAGAUGCUUGGUCCCAAGUCUGCGUACGGGUUCGAAGUCGACUGGUGGGCAUUUGGAGUCUUUCUCUACGCAAUGGUGACCGGCAAGUACCCGUUCUACGCGCGGACGCUGCCCAAGCUGGAGACCAAGAUCCUCAAUGACGCAGUGUGGUUCCCGCCGCACAUGAGCGCGGCGUGCCGGUCGCUCAUCGAAGGCCUUCUAGCCAAGGAUCCGAGCCAGCGGCUGGGUCUUGCGGGCAUCAAAGCACAUCCUUUCUUUGCUGACCUCGAUUGGGAGCGGGUGGCGGCCAAAGAGUACGAACCGCUUUUCCUGCCCGAGAUCGACGAGAUGGUGAUGGCGCUGCAGGCCGAGGCGGCGGCGGCAGCCGGGAGCGCCGCGGCAAGCAGUGGCGGCGAGACUGGGCCGAGCGACGAGGUGGCGUCGUGGGUUGUCAACUCGCCUUCGAUGGCGUCGCUGGACUCGGACGACAAUGCGCUGCGCGAGCGGCGCGCGCGCGAGACUGCACGGUCCGAGGCAGCCGUUCAAGAGUGCCGCAAGAUCUUGCCCGACGAGCCGUUUAUCGCGGGUUGGGUCAUCAUCUCGAUCAACAAGUGGAACUUUGAGCAGACGCGGGUACUCCUCCUCACAUCCAAGGCGAUGUACCGAGUCAAGUACGACUUUAACUCGGGCUCGGCUGAGCGCGGAUUUGACCAUGCAGCGCGGACGCCGCUCUCAGACAUCAUGACGGUUCAGCGCGGGCGAAUGCACGACUCGCGGUUCGCGUCGAUCACCGACGCGCUCAACAAGCCGCCGACGCUCUACGCCAUGCGGCUUGUGUCGUUGAGCGAGAACUUGCGGCGGACAACCAAGGCGCGUACGUUCUGCCCGUUCAUGACGCCGACGGGUUCAGUCGAGGCCGACCUAGCGGAACAAGCCGAGCUCACCGACACCAUCUUGGGCACGAUCCUGGCGGCGCGCGAGAACCUGCUCGGCACCGCCGAAGCUGCGCUUAUUCCCAUCGAGGUCUCGCUCCACCGCGAGACGCUCUCGGCACCGCGGGUCAAGGACGUCGUCCAAGUCCGUGAGACGGCGGCUGCUGCGACUAUGGGCCGCGUUGCGGCGUCGGCCGAUGCGCCAACCCGGCUCCGCGAACUCGCUACUGUCCUUGCCGAAGUCAACUCGCAGAUCGCCGACACCACCCAGCUCCUCGCGCAGCUCCACAAUCAGCGCGACUCGAUCAAGGCCGAGCUCGACGAGCUGCAGGAGGGACUUGGCAAGACUGCAGACGGGGAGGCGGUGCCUCCUGAGGUUGACGAGAUUGAGGGAUAAAGGAGAGUUGCUGCACCA